AUGGCGGUCGUCGCGACGACACAGGACCAUUGUCCAAGGACGACGAAACCGUUCCUCGGCGGGUGGAGGGACACGCUCACCGGCCUGAUCUAUCACAAUGCCUGCACACAGACACACGGCAGAACGAGAAGCAAUGGGGUUACGCAGACUGUCGCGGUCGCGGACGCGAUCACCGAGGUCGUUCACGACCAGGCGGUGCAGGUGCACUUCUUACCGGACGCGCGUGACCGAGUCGUCGCGGUUUCUUACUUCGCUACCGUGCCAACCGGAGAAACAGAGUCGACGGCUUCUCGGGACAACGACGAGACGCUUCUCGGCAAUGUCGUCAAAAUACAGAGGUGUUACAGAGCUCAUCGAGCCAAAGUGACGGACAAAGGGACCAGUUUCCGCGGAAAGGACGUUUCCCGGGACGAGACGGAGGCGACGGGAUCUUCGCAGGCGCUGAGCGGAUGCGCCGAGUUCACGAUACUGGAUCGCAGGUCGCCGCGGACGAACUCGGACUUCGAGUCGCUACGGAAUCUGCUGGACCGUUGGCGGAUCUUCGAGACCGAGUGGGCGAGCCGCACGCUCUUCGGUUCCUCGAGGGUCGCCGCAUGCGGUCUGAUCCUGUCGAAGGAAGUCGAGCUGCUGCGCGCCAUGGAUUCUAUGAGGACCGCGGUGCGCGUGAAAUACAAGGAGCGGAAGCGACGCAGGCUCUUGGACGAGCUGUCGAGACCGGUCGCCUGGCAGGACAGCCGCGGCCGACCGAUCCUGGUGGACACGCUGCGCGUUCAACGAGCUCGUCAACACAGGAACAUGUACGCCUCGUUGGCCAACGAAAACCUGUCCGUGCCGGAGCGCGUUGAUCUACUGCGCGGUCUCAAGCGCUUCGUCGGCAUGCAUACGUGCAGCCAGUCGCUCGAGCUCGUUUAUCUGGUCGACCAGGAGCUAGCGCUGCUAACCUGCCGCGUGGACACGGGUAGACUGAACUGGCUGAGGAACAGGCUAAAGCUGAGCUUCCUCAAAUUGGCGCGAAACGCACUGCAAGGGGACCUCGAGGAGGAUUCGCGGUUCGGCUGGUUGGACGCAAGCAUUACGCGGCUCUGCAGGACCUGCGGCAAGCUGCUGCCCUUGGAGAAAUUUCCCCGGGAACGACGACUGCGGUCGUCCUCUUGUGUCUACUGCACGUCCAUGCGAACCCGGAGAGAACCACGUAUGGUGUACGAUCCUUACGAGAGGAUGCUGCGAGAGAUCAGGCGCUGCGAGGCCAGGACAGGUUGUUACGGCAGUCUGGCCUUCGUGGUCGGGACUAGGGUCGUUUGCCGCCUGGUGAACGAGAUUUGGCACGGACGGUCCGGUAUUUCCGAAUGCGACGACCUUGACGAGCUGCGACUGACGCGCUUCCGCCGAGAGCUCGAGUGGGCGCCGUGGAAUUCCCUGCUACUGACGAAAACUGAGGCCGCCGUUCACUACGGGAUCGCCGAUAUCGAGAGCUUCUACGACGCGAGGCUGCUGCGAAAAUUUUACACAAAGAAUCUCCAGGCGAAGAUGUGCUUCGAAUCGAUCUCCGAGGCGCGGAGAAACAUCGUUACGCCAUCCUCGAUGGAAGAUUAA